GCUUGCGCAGUCGAGAGAGAGAGCGAGGAUGGUGGAGUGAUAUGCUGACGAUUUUUUAAUGGCAGGCUUGACACCCAUUUGUCAUUUUUACAACGACUGCACGCGGAUAGCCCUUUAAAAGGUCGCCGUUAAAUGGUAUCUGCCGUCAUGUCUGCCAGGUGGUCCAAGCUUUCCAAGCGAAGGUCCUCAGCGGAGGCCCUGGUAACCCCUCAGGAUGACGGCAUUUUCGUGUACCUCUUCUGGAGCCCCAACGAAAAGCGUUAUUUGUCGCACACGGCGGCAGAACAGGUCACCGCAGAGGAGCUGUGCAUAUCGGCCGCAGAGACUGUCGGGAUAACGCCUCUGUACCAUGUGUUGUUUGCUCUGUAUGACCCCCUGUCACGCUGCUGGUACAGUCCAAAUCACGUUUUUCACCCGGAGAAGGGAUCCUGUCUCAUUCUUCACUACCGAAUGAGGUUUUACUUUCGCAAUUGGCACGGACUUAAUGACAAAGAGCCCCCUGCGAGUCGUUUCGCUGUCAAAAGUGAGCCAGAUGGUGCUGCCGCCACUGGCUUACCGCUGCUGGAAAUCAAAUCAGUGGAGUAUUUAUUCGCCCAGGCUAAGUAUGAAUUUGUGAAUGAAAUGAUUCCGAUGGAGAACGCAAGCUCAGAGGAGGAGCUGAGUCGCUUUAGAAGCGAGAGUCUGGGCUUGGCCAUGCUCCACCUCAUGCACCUGGCGGUGCAGACUGGCAGCACCUUACAGCGUGUUGCAAAAAAGACCCGCUUUGAAAAAUGCAUCCCGAAGUCUUUCGCCAAGCACAUAUCAGAAGACAAAGUCUUUACAAAAAUGAGGAUCCGGUGGAUGUUUGAGCGAUCCAUGCGCACUUACCAGCAAAACAUGGAAGCAAAGCAGCCGGAGGUCAGUGAGAUUAUGUGCAAGUACCUCUGCGCUCUUGAGUACUUGGUGCCGCGUUUCGGCACCGAGACCUUCUCCGUGCGCCACGUGAGGCUGAGCAGGGACGACGAGGACACCAGUCAGGACGCCUCGAAAGGGGACUGCGGGGCCGCAGCCGCGCACGAGCUGAUGGUAUCCGCCGCCGAGGGGCUUCAAUGGAGGGCAACGACGUGCUGUGAGAAGGCCAACGGCCUCCUGAGCGGCGACUACGCAAGGAAAACGAAGCGACGGCCCAGCCAGCCUAGUGCAACCGCUCCCAUUAAGUGGACCUCCUUCUGUGACUUCCCAGAAAUAAUUCACAUUGGCGUCAGGGAAGCUAAUGUUUGCAUUACCACUCAGGACAAUAACUGCAUGGAGGUUGAGAUGAGCUCCAGCAAGGAAGCCCGCUCCUUCAUCUCCCUCCUCGAUGGCUACUACCGGCUGAUUGCGGAUGCCCACCACUAUCUUUGUCGUGAGGUGGCGCCCCCCAGAGUGCUGCUGAGUGAAGCGAAUGGACUGCACGGACCAAUGCAUGAUGACUUCGUGCUCCACAAGUUGAGGAAGGAGGAAGCAGAAGAAGAAGCCUGCCUCGUACGCUGGAGUAUUCUCGACUAUCGCCGACUCAUCCUUGCUGUACCAACCAAAACCCAGAAUGGAUCAAUACCAAGCAACAGGCUGUUUUGCAUCCAGCAUAAAGGCUCCAUCUUCUCCCUGGAUGGCUGGCAGCAGGAAUUCUCCAGUGUGAAGGAGCUCACAGACUCCCUGAAGGACUAUAUACUCAAGUCCGGCACGGAGAGCUAUACUGUUAAAAAAUGCUGUCGGCCCUGGCAAGGAGAGCUGUCCAACCUUCUUGUGAAGAGACACGGUGUAGAUGAUGGUGCCCACACACGCACUCUAUCGCCGAACAAGUUGGAUCUAUGCUUCCAGAUCAAGUACAAAGACCUCAUUCCGGGGCAGCAUUUGGGUUGUGGCACUAGAACUCACAUCUACUCGGCACAUCUGCAAGUCGGGGGAGGAGCUGAUGAGCAGGAGGACGACUUAAACGGCGAGAAACACAAGAAGGUCCGAGUGGUGCUCAAGGUUCUCGAGCAAAGCCAUGAAGAUAUCACAUUCGCUUUCUUUGAGAUGGCAAGUCUCAUGAGCCAGGUGUCUCACAGUCACCUGGUGUUUGUCCAUGGUUUGUCUGUCAACGGAUCUGAAAACAUCAUGGUUGAAGAGUUUGUGGAAUUUGGGCCUUUGGACGUUUUUCUUCGUAAAGAAAAAGACAAAUUGACUCCUCGGUGGAAAUGUAUUGUGGCCAAACAACUUGCCAGUGCCCUGAAUUACCUCGCGACUAAAGGUCUCGCUCACGGAAACGUUUGUGGCAGGAACGUCUUGGUGGCCAGGCAAGGUCUGGGGCAAGGUGCGUCUCCUUUCGUCAAGCUGAGUGACCCGGGGAUUGCAGUCAAUAUGCUUUUUCAGGAAGAGCGACUUGAGCGUAUUCCCUGGAUCGCUCCCGAGUGCGUUUACAGCGAGGCGCCCGUCGGCAUCGGCGCUGACCAGUGGAGCUUCGGAGUCACGCUGCUGGAAAUCUGCAACAACGGCCAUCUCCCAAUGAGCGACGCCACGUUGCUGGAGAAAGAGCGCUUCUACCAGCAAAGGGGAAAGUUGUUGGAGCCGUCCUCUCAGGACCUGGCCACCUUCAUCAGCAAAUGUCUCACCUAUGAGCCCUUGGAGAGGCCUUCCUUCUGCUCAUUGCUCAGAGACCUCUUUGACAUCAUGAACAAAAAUCCGAAUAUAUCCCCCAGUGAAACGCUCCCUCAGGCUCAAUCCACCGUGUUCCUCAAGCGCUAUUUGAAAAAGAGGGGCAACUUAGGAAAGGGUAAUUUUGGAAUGGUGACGCUGUACAUAUACGACCCCGCCAACGACGGGACGGGUGAGCUUGUGGCCGUCAAGGCUUUGAAACAAGAGAACGGCCCCUUGCCCAAGUACUGGCUGAAGGAGAUCGAGACCCUCAAGUCCCUCGAUCACAGCAACAUUGUCAAGUACAAAGGAUGCUGUACUGAAAUGGGAGGACAGGUGGUGCAGCUCAUAAUGGAGUUCCUUCCGCUCGGCUGCCUGGAGAAGUACCUUCAAGAACAGGAACAGAGUACAUCCCAAUGCCUGCUGUUUGCUCAGCAGAUCUGCCUGGGGAUGGAAUACUUGCACUCAAAGCGAUACAUCCAUCGGGACCUCGCCGCACGUAACAUCUUAGUGAAAAGCAACAGCUUGGUGAAGAUCGCAGACUUUGGCCUGUCCAAAUAUAUCCCGGAAAAUGACACCUAUUACCGCGUGUGUGAAGACGGUGACAGUCCAGUGUUUUGGUAUGCCCUCGAGUGCCUGAAACUCAACAAAUUUUCGUUUCGGUCUGACAUUUGGUCCUUUGGCGUGACGCUGUACGAGAUCCUGACCCGCUGCGACCGGGGCCAAAGCCCCCCAGUGAAGUUUAGCAAGAUGGCGGGGUUAUCCCCCAGAGAGAUGAACGUGAGUGCCCUCAUCAGCUUGUUGGAGCGGAGGCAGUACUUGCAUUGUCCCAAAGACUGCCUGCCUGAGCUGAGGAACAUGACCGAGCAGUGUUGGAAUCAAGAUCCCGCUCAGAGGCCCUCAUUCCGUUCCCUCUUUGAGAAGCUGGAGGCUAUCCGUUCACAGCCAAAUGUUGACUUUUUUUAGGUCUGGACUUCACUCUAUACUUACUUGAAUACCACUUAAAAAUACUUUUACAAAUGUCAGUUUCUGCCAUAUAUUGUGGCCUGGCAUCAAUAUUAUGAACAAGGAACCAUCAUGGAGAAAGGCCAGCAGACCGAAAUACUAUAAACUUGUAAUUAUGCAUUAGGUUGUUGAAUUUUUUUACAUUUUACAGGGUUGAUAGAUUUUGGAUUAAAUUUUGUAUAAACCAUAAAAUACUUUCUCGGUUUAACAAAUCA